CUUCACUGAGUCUCAAAUUUCGGCCACUCGAUUUGUUUGUAUUUAUACAAUAAAACAGUCAGUUGCCUCACUUGGGUUCUGACCCUUUUAUUUCGGAUUUGUAAGGACUUCCAACUUUCCAAGCUACUCUGAAUCAUCAUCUCGUGAGUUUCAACUAUUUCAUGGACUUUCAACUUUCCAAGCUACUCUGAAUCAUCAUCUCGUGAGUUUCAUCUAUUUCAUGAAAAUAUGGCACAUUGUUCUGGAGAUUGGUUGCUUUCCUUGCUAAUUCUCCUAUUGGGUUUAAGUGUUCAAACUUCACAAGCUCCAAUAAGUACUAAAAAUGGCGUAAAAUCGUCGGUCUUCCUAUCUCCUAAGUUUGUACUGGAACCAGGAUCAGUGGUAAACAAGUACUACUAUGACAUUGACUUUCCAAGAGGUCAUAUUGCCAUCAAGAGUUUCAAUGCUGAAGUAGUUGAUGAGGCAGGAAAUCCCAUUCCCCUUUACGAAACUUAUCUCCAUCACUGGCUUCUUGUGAGAUACUAUCAGCCUAAAAGUGUAGAAGUUCCAAACAACGAAUCUGAUUUUAUUUUCGUGAUGAACACUGGUGUAUGUGGUAGUGCUCUUGGGCAGUAUUUUGGCCUUGGAUCUGAAACACGAAGAACAGCCACACAUGUGCCAGAUCCCUACGGAAUAGAAGUUGGUAAUCCAGCAAAAAUUCCUAAUGGAUAUGAGGAGAAAUGGUUGAUUAAUGUCCAUGCAAUUGAUACGCGGGGUGUGGAAGAUAGGUUGGGAUGCACCGAAUGCAGGUGUGAUCUUUAUAAUGUUACAAAGGAUGAAAAUGGUAAACCUUUGACGCCUGGUUAUAUGGGAGGCUUGAGUUGUUGCUAUGAUCAGACACAAUGCAGGGUGAGACGAGGCUUUGAAAGUGCCAAGAGAGGUCUAUACAUGAGAUAUACAGUGAAGUGGGUUGAUUGGAAUAAGUUCAUUUUGCCUGUUAAAAUAUAUAUAUUUGAUGUAACCGACAUGUGGAAGAAGUUAGAUGAUGGAGUUACAGAACAUCAUUGCCGGGUGGAGUAUGAAGUUGCUGCUUGCACUGCCACUGAUGGGGCUCAUGAUGCUUGCAUUGACACCAAAAGGGUAAGCAUCCCUAUGCCAACUGGUGGUAAUGUCAUCUACGGUGUUGCACACCAGCAUAAAGGGGGAAUUGGUUCGACUCUUUAUGGAGAGGAUGGACGGGUAAUAUGCCAUUCAACACCGACUUAUGGAAAAGGAAAGAAAGCAGGAAAUGAGGCUGGUUAUAUUGUAGGAAUGUCCACUUGUUAUCCUCAACCCGGCUCUGUCAAGAUAUCUCAUGGGGAGACUCUAGUUCUGGAAUCAAAUUAUAGCAGUGCUAAAAGGCAUACAGGAGUAAUGGGGCUCUUCUACAUUUUGGUUGCAGACUCAUUACCACAUUUUGGUUGAUGCUAGAGUAAUCUUCCAUUCCCACGUGAGGAUUUGAUGAUUUCUUUAAUUUCUCAAUAUAAAUUGUAGAAGAUGGAACAUGCUGUUAGCUUCUUCUUCUUUUUUUCUUUUUCUUUUCUAUCUUUACAUGGUGAGCAACAACAUGAAUGCUUAAUUAUCUUGGAUAAAAUCAUGACAAAAUGGCGAUCAUUUAUCCAUAAAAAUUUACCACAAAAGAGUAUUAUUGUAAGAAUGAAAAAGUGGCUAUCCCCUCAUGGAACUGCAUUUCUUUGGCGAUCAUUUAUCCAUAAAAAUUUACCACAAAA